AUGCAUUGCUCUGAAGGCCCGUGGCUACACGCAGAGUUGAACAAGGAACAUAUAUUUUUCUUCCGGAAAAGCUGCGCUCAGCCUCCAGAUCUUAGUCGGCCAUUCCUUGCGAUCGACUUUGCACAGCAGAACAUAGUGGCGAAUGAAGAAGACGAUAUGUUUCCGAUCCACUCAAAUCCUUUUCUCUUGUCUUUGGGUAUUGUUCUACUGGAGAUUAACAGGGGAAUCUUGAUAGAAGAUUAUUGGUCUCAGAAAGACCUGACCAACGGCUUGAUACCAAAUGAUAGCACAAACUUGACAGCAGCUCUUCGUCUACUAGAGGAUAUGGACGGACACCUGGUAAACGGAUCCCAGAAGGCGGUAAAGGCUUGUCUCCAGUGGGAUAACAUGAACUAUGGAAGGGAGCAUGAGGAUUUCGCAAAGCGGAUGUAUGAGCUCGUCGUUAAACCACUAGAGGAGGUCUUACUAUCAGGCUUCAACAUUACACCAGAACAGCUAGGACUGACGGAACGCCAAAAUCACAGGGGGUGA